AUGUCCGGGUGGUCAAAUUUUCGUAUACCUCUACGAGAUUUAUCUCAAUCUUACAGACCUACAUCAGGUAUCAUCUUGAAGGGAAACAACAACAACAACAACAACAACAGCAACAGCAAGAGCAAGUUGGGAUUGACGACCAAGACGUUGGAGAAUGUCAAAGGGAAUAUACAUGUCAUACCCACCCACCCUUUCGAUUGGUCACAACUCACCGAUUCAAUCACCUUGUCUUGUCGUGCAGCUCCACGAUCCGUAUCCGUCACCGUCACCCAGAUCGUCUUGCUUCCCCCCGUCUCUUUCGAUUCGUACCAUGACGUCGUCAGGGGUUAUGGCACCGGGCUGGACGACAACGUUUGUACCCUCCUUGAUCGUUUGGGUCAAACGUGUCAGCGUCGUUUGUUGAUGAAGGAUGGCAAGAUUGGCCUGUUCCCUAUCGAUAACAAGUUUGGAGAUUUGGUUUUGGAUCAUGAUGCUAUGGCUGGCUUGAUUUGUCAGGGAACUUUCGAUAACGGCAUGAUCGACGUCCUGUUCAUUCUUCCAUCCAUUUACGACGAACCGGGACCGUCCUCGUCUGGGAUGCAUAUCAAAGAUGAAAUUGUCAAUAUCGUUUCUUCUCAUCAAGGUAGGCAGAUUUGUUUGUCAAGCGAAUAUCAAGCUUUAUCAACCCCAAAAACCAGAUUCGCAAUCGCUUCCCUUUACUUUCUCCGCCCCGACCAACCCAUUCAACUUGAUGUGUUCUAUCGUCCAUCUCCCUCUUCCGAACCCCUCACCAACACCAACGCUCUGGUCGACCACGACCUAUCCAGAACGCUCAAACGACAGGCUAGUUAUCUGAGCGAAACCAUCUCAUCCAGAGCUAAAUCAACAUCGACGAAAAGACUUCGGACUUCUCUGACCACUCAUUCUCAUGUCUCCAUGGUACAAGAGUUCAAGUCCUCUCAAGAGAUUAAACCCUCUCAACACGUCAAACCCAAAGGUGAAUCCUUUUCUUUCCUUCUCCCCACUUUCGACAGGAAAAAGAAAGAUAAAGAUCUAGAACUGUAUGCUGACCGAGGAGAUAAGAAUUGGACCAAAACCAAAACCUCAUCGUCCAAUCCGAGUUACAGUCAUUCAAUGAACCGAACCAGCAUGUCAUCGGUAUCGGGUAGAGAGAGUGAAACGAGCGACAGAUCAUCUUCUUCAAUGAGUGUCAUCUCCAACUUGUCUUACAAAAAGGAAAUGAUGGAUCAUGAGAGUAUUCGGAACGCUAGGGAAAUCUUGAAGGUUUCUUCUUGGAGGACCGUUGGGGGUGGACGACAUGUUGAUGAUUCUAUGGAAUCUUUGAGGGAAAAAAUCGACAGGAUGGGAAUGAGUGUUUGA